AUGGGAGCCAUUCUCCGCUCCAGCUUGGGGUCCCAGGCACAUUUUCUGCCAUCCUCACCGUCGCUGCUAGCUCCUAGCCCGCAAGAUGUGAACGUCACCACCCCAUCUAGUGGCUUAGAGCCAGCUUCUCCCCUAAUUCCCCCAGGCACUGAAGGGCCUUGGCUGUUCUCCUGUGGGGCCAGCAGCCGGCAAGGGCCCACAUAAACACAGUGUAACAAGGCACACACCGGCAGCAGCGUGGUGGUGACAGUGGGGGCCUCUGAGCCUCUGAAAGGCAUGCAGCUGUGUCGGGCUCCAGCCACCAGCAAGUACCUGAUCUCAGCUUACGGAGCUGCGGGGGGCAAAGGUGCCAAGAACCACCUGUCGCGGGCGCACGGCGUCUUCGUGUCCGCGGUCUUCUCCCUUGGUCGCGGGGAGCCGCUUCACAUCCCAGUGGGGCAGCAGGGAGAGGACGCCUGUCCCGGAGGGAGCCCGGAGAGCCAGCUCGUCUGCCUCGGAGAGUCUUGGGCCGCUGCGGAGGACGCGGCGACGGAGGGGGCCGCAGGGGUCUCGGGGUCCGGGGCGGGAGGCGGCGGGGGCGCCACCUAUGUCUUUCCGCUGCGCGCCGGCGAGCUGGAGCCACUGCGGGUGGCGGCCGGAGGAGGCGGGCGGGCCUUGAGGCGGCGGGACCGAGGCCGGCUUCAGGCCGCCCCUGAGAAACUGGAGAACCGCUCGGCGGCGGCCGGGAGCAGCGGGAGAGGCGGCGCGGCAGGUGAGGGCGCGGGAGGCGGCUGGACGUCGCGGGCCCCCUUUCCGCAGGCGGGCCGCUCCCUACGGGAGGGGGCGGAGGGCGGCCGGGGCUGCGCAGAGGCCUGAGCUACGCUCGGCUGGGCCGCAGCCGGCGGCUUCGGGGGCGGCGGCGGGGCCUGUACUGCGGGUGGAGGCGGAGCGGCUACUGGGGAAGACUUGCCCACCCCACCAGGCCCCUCUGGUUCUGUUGGUGACUGUCGUGUGACCUCUACACUGAGUCUCCUUAUGGUGUGUGGGGUCCUGAUUCUGGUGAACCAUAAGAAGUGGUAGGGCCUGUGGGGGACAAGGCUGCCAGGCCCUGAGCUUGAGCUGAGCAAUCUUCGAACCUCCACCAUCAAGACAGCCCUCAACCCUUACUACUGCCAGGUGGGGUUUGGCUGGGCCUGGCACUGAUCUCUGCCCCCAGGGCUUACAGAAGUUUCCCCAGCCAAUGUCACUCUGCUCAAAGCCCUGGGCCAUGGUGCCUUUGGAGAAGUCUAUGAGGGACUGGUAAAUGGCCUUCCUGGGGACCCCAGCCCCCUGCAGGUGGCUGUCAAAACCCUGCCAGACUGCUCUCCUCAGGAUGAGCUGGAUUUCCUCAUGGAGGCACUCAUCAUCAGCAAGUUCAGCCAUCAGAACAUUGUGCACUGUGUGGGGCUCAGCCUCUGGACUGUCCCUCGCCUAAUUCUGCUCGAGUUGAUGUCUGCAGAGGACAUGAAGAGUUUCCUGAGGAACACCCAGCCACGCUUGGGCCAGCCAUCACUUCUGGCCAUGCGGGACCUGCUCCAGCUGGCCCAAGACAUAGCCCAGGGCUGCCACUACCUGGAGGAAAAUCACUUCAUCCAGAGGGACAUUGCUGCCAGGAACUGCCUGCUGAGCUGUACUGGGCCCAGCCGAGUGGCCAAGACUGGGGACUUUGGGAUGGCCAGAGAUAUCUACAGGUGUGGGCUGUUACCGCCAGGGGGCCGGGCUCUGCUGCUGGUCAAGUGGAUGCCCCCAGAGGCCUUCUUGGAGGGCAUCUUCACAUUCAAGACAGACUCCUGGUCUUUUGGGGUGCUGCUCUGGGAGAUCUUCUCAUUAGGAUACAUGCCCUACCCUGGGGGCACCAACCAGGACGUGCUGUACUUCGGUGGAGGGAGAUGGAUGGGUCCUCCCAGGGGCUGUCCAGGGCCUGUGUACCAUAUCAUGACCCAGUGUUGGCAGCAUCCGCCUGAACUCUGCCCCAGUUUUGCUGCCAUCUUGGAGCAUCUUCGAUACUGAAUUCAGGACGCUGAUGUGAAUUCACCCCUGCCAAUGGAGCUGGGGCCCACCCUAGAGCAGGAAGGGACUUCUGGGCUGGGGAGUAGGUCUUUGGAGGGCCUAAGAUCCCCAGAGGCCCAGGAACUGAAUCUGGAGAGCUUAAAGAGCUGGGGAGGGAGCAUCCUUGCCCCGUGGCUGCCCUCUAGCCUCAAGACCCCCAAAUCCAAGUACUUCCAACCUCAGGGGGGAUUCCAAAGGCAUCCAAAGGAAUCCCCCCCUAUGGCUCUUGGGCCCCAAGGGGCACUGAAGGGCUGGCCUGGCACCACUGGACCCUGCAUCCUGGAAACCAGCUCAGGCUUCCUGGUGAAGAGACUGGCCUCUCCCAGCCUUUUGUCUUUGGGACGAGAGGUUGAAAUUGCCUCCUGCAGGAAGCCUUCUCUGGAUUACCCUUCCCCCAUGAGUGUCCUUCAUCUGGGCAGUCCCCAGUCCUACAGAUGCCUCUAA